CAUUCCCCCAUGUUCACGAACACCCUCCCCGUCCAUUCCAUUUUCACCCCCCCUGUUCCCUACUUCCGUUCCCUCUCACUUUCACUAGCACUUGUACAGUUUUGGGCAGCAUCAACUCCCAAAGUUUAAGGAGCAGCAAAAGGAAAUUCAGGUGUAUAUAAUUGUUUUUAUAGACCAAUUAUUCUUAGUCAAUGCUGCAAUUCCUGUUGAAAUCCUAUAUUAGGAGCUGUUUGGUUGGAAGAGUUUCCAAUUUAGUGAUUGCAUCAUUAUCUUUGCAGUUGAAGGAUGCUAAUUAUGUUAGAUGUUAUGUUUAUACAAGGUUUUCAACAUUUUCUCCAUCCCAAACUAGUCAAUUUGAAAACCUAACAAGUUCAUCUGAGCUUCAAAUAGUUGUUAAUAAAAUUCAUGUGGGUUGUAGUGAAGAUGAGAUUGUGAUUUCUUUGAUAAAUGAUGAAGCUUGUGAGGCAAUUAGUGUAAGUCAUACCCUUGUAUAUAUGUUGCUUUGUCAGUUCCAAGAUGAUUGGAAAUCUGCUUUAGGCGUUUUUAGAUGGGCUCAAUCGCGCCCUUAUUUCGAGCAUUGGCCUGAAGCUUAUGAUUCCAUGAUAGACAUAUUAGGUAAGGCAAAGCAGUUUGAUAAGAUGAGUGAAUUGGUGCAAGAAAUGACGGAGAAGAAUUUGGUUAGCCUUAGAACUAUGGUGAAAGUAAUGAGAAGGUUUGCGGGUGCUCGUAGAUGGAAAGAUGUUGUUAGGACAUUUGACGAGUUGGGUACUUUUGGUUUAGAGAAGAAUGUCGAGUCAAUGAAUUUCUUACUUGAUACGCUUUGCCGAGAGAAACAGGUGGAAAUGGCUCGUGCUAUUUUCAUGGAGCUUAAAUCUCAUAUUAAGCCAACUGUGCACUCGUUUACUAUUUUCAUAAAUGGUUGGUGCAAAAUAAAACGUGUUGAAGAAGCAUAUUGGACACUUGAAGAGAUGAAGGGGCAUGGUUUUUCUCCUUGUGUGAUAAGCUAUUCAACUAUCAUUCAAUCUUACUGCCGGUUAUCUAAUUGGGAAAAGGCAUAUGAGUUACUUGAGAUGAUGGAAUCUAGGGGUUGCCAACCGAAUGUUAUUACUUAUACAACUAUGAUGUCGUCGUUGUCAAAGGCAAACAAACUAGAAGAAGCCUUACAAAUUGCCGAAAGAGUGAAAUCCGCCAGAUGUAAAGCCGACACUCGAUUUUAUAACGCCUUGAUAAAUACCCUUGGAAAAGCUCAACGAAUAUGGGAUGCCUAUAACGUUUUUAAGGUGGAGAUGCCUAAGAGUGGUAUUGAUCCUAAUACUUGUACAUACAAUACAUUAAUUGCCAUGUUUUGUCACCAUGGCCAAGAUGAGAUGGCUUUCAACAUUUUAGAAUGCAUGGAAACGGCAUCCUGUAAGCCUGAUCUCGUGACAUUCAAUCCAUUGCUGAAAGCUUGCUUCAAAUUGGGGAAUCCCGAUUGUCACUUGAGCAAACUAAUGGAUGAUAUGGCGAUGAAGCAUCAUCUGAGCCUCGAUGUUUCUACAUAUUCACUUCUAAUUCAUGGUCUUUGUAGAGUGAAUAAAGGCGAGUGGGCUUUUCGCUUGUUUGAGGAGAUGAUAAGUAAGGAACUGACACCCAAUCGUGAAACAUGUUUUAAGCUUCUAGAAGUUGUUAAACAGAAUAACAUGUAUGAUGCUGCUGAAAGAGUUGUGCUUCACACAAGGAACUUAAAGGAGCAGCAAAAAUUUCCAGGUUUCAAGAAAAAGCAUUGCUAUAUUGAAGAGUAAUAGCUUUCAAGACACUGAUUCUCUCCCUGCCUGGUUUACUGAGAAAGGUGCAUAUGUGUUAUGAAAUGCUGCAGAAAUUAUUCCUCUAAACUUGUUAUAACUCUUUCAUUAUUUCCCUGAGUGGGCCAUUUUUUUCUCGAGCCGAGGGACUCUAUUGGCCACAUCCUCCUUAUGGGUAUAGAUUGUUGCCUUCUUUCCCUCCCUGGACCCUGAUCAUUUCGUAGGGACGGGAUACACUUGGUACGAUAAUUAUGUGAUGAAUUGGGUCAAAUGGUCCUGUCACACGUUUGAGGACAACCAACUGGACACACAAAGCUAAUUUUUAUCCACCUUGAGGACAAGGUGAAACUUCAGGUGAUCGGUAAUGUGAUGAAUUGGGUCAAAUGGUCCAAGGGCAUUAUCGAAAUUUCAUAUUAAUUAGUCUUUGUAUUUUUGUAAAUUAAAUAGUUGUUAUUCUUAAUUGUCUUUUAGGGCUUAGGCUAUAUAUAGAUCCACCCUUGUAAUAAAUAAUAAGCUUUUGAUUAGUGAAUAAUAAAGGAAGUGUCCUUUUUGGAAGUUAGUGGGCAGACUCGAAUUGUCCAUAAUAUCUAGUUUCGGUAACGAGUCCAGCUGAAUUACAGAUUAUGAUUUCGGUGUCCUUAUUUUUUUUAAUAGCUACACUUCUCUCAAAAAACCCCAAUGUUUCUGGGAAAGCAUAACAUAAGAUGAUAGGAGCCGUAGUCGAUCUUUGCAUCUCCUGUUCUGCCUAUGCUUAUUGCUUUAGUAUUCCAUGGAUCCAUGUAUCCUUUCUUCUUAAUUUUGCUGCUCAUAUAGGUUAUUAUAAUAUAUAUUUGCUAGAACUAGUUAUUUUAAUUAAACAAAAGAAUAAAAGAUUCUAAGAAAAAAACAGAAUAAUAGAAAAAAAAAAAAAAACAUUCUUAUAUUUGUGAAAUCAUGAAUAGAAUUUGUAUUUUUUGGCAGACAUAAUCAUUGUCCUUAAUAAUAAU